AUGGCGAACCCAGAGGGUAGUAGCAGAGCUUCAACAUGGUCACUUAAGGGAAACACUGCUCUCGUUACUGGAGGCACACGUGGGAUCGGUAAUGCUGUGGUGGAGGAACUGGCGGAGUUUGGUGCCACGGUGUACACUUGUUCCAGAAAUGAAGAGGAGCUGAAUGCAUGCUUGAAGGAGUGGAAAGAGAAAGGGUUUUCGGUUUUUGGGUCGGUUUGUGAUGCGUCUUCUCCAGCCCAAAGGGAGAAACUCAUUCAACAAGUGGCCUCUGCCUUCAACGGCAAACUCAACAUACUUGUAAACAAUGUCGGAACAAAUGUGAGGAAGCCAACGAUAGAGUAUACAACCGAAGAAUAUUCAAAAUUGAUGGCAACUAACUUGGACUCUGCAUACUAUCUGUGCCAACUUGCAUAUCCUCUUCUUAAAGCAUCUGGAAAUGGAAGUAUUGUGUUCAUUUCCUCUGUUGCAGGUCAGAAAAGUGUUGGUUCUGGAGCCAUUUAUGCAGCAACUAAAGCUGCAAUCGAUCAUCUUUCCAAAUAUCUUGCUUGUGAAUGGGCUAAAGACAAUAUCAGGAGCAACAGUGUUGCACCCUGGUAUACCAAAACAUCAUUUGUGGAACAUUUGCUCGCAAACAAAGAGCUUAUUAAUGAGAUAAUAUCUCGAACGCCAGUAAAGCGAUUGGCAGAAGCACAUGAAGUGUCAUCCUUGGUGACUUUCCUUUGCUUGCCAGCAGCUUCUUACAUCACUGGACAAGUUAUUUCUGUUGAUGGAGGAUUUAGUGUGCAUGGAUUUCAACCCAGCAUGAGAAUUACUUGA